AUGUCAGAUAAUCAAUACGAAUUAGUUCAAUAUUGUAUAAAUACUCGACAAUAUUUAACAAUAAAAAUCUUGAAUUGUUAUUUUUUAUUACAUCGAAAUAUAAUUCAACAUUCAAAAAAUCGUGAAUUAAGUUUAGAAUUACCACCAGCUAUUAUUAAAAAUAUCUUUGGUUCCAAUCCAUUAUCAGUUAUAGAUGUAACAAGUACAUGUCAUGUUGAUCCAUCACUUUAUGAUAUAAUUAUAUUUUCUGAUAAAUCAGUUACUUAUACUCGAACAAAAUUUCUAUGUGAAAAUAAUAAAGAAAAAGAUAAUAUUGAAGAAACUAUAAAAAUAGUAAAAAAACGAAAAAUACUUCCAUAUUAUGUACAAGCAGAUUUAGAAUUAUUAAAAUGUAGUGGAAUAUCACAAAAUGAUAUUGAUUUAUUUAUUAAAAAACUUGAUGAUAAUGAUAAGAAAAUUGAUUUAUUUAAUUCGAAUAAAUAUGAUGAUCGAAUUCUUCAGAAAAUUAUUGAUUUUACUGAUAUAUCAACAAGAUUAAACUGUCGAUUAAUAUCAAAGAAAUGGAAAAUAUUUGUUGAUCGUUCAUCAUCAUGGAAUUAUGUAUGUUUGUUAAAACUAGGUCGAUAUAUUGAUCGAGCAUUGAAUUAUUUUCAAAAGAUUGAUAUUCGUGAAUUGGAUCUUUCACAAUCAAUAUUUGAACCUUACAAAUUUGAAUUAACAUAUCCUUUAUUAUUAUUUUCAUUACGAUCACUUUGUAUAUCAACUGAUUAUUCAUUAGAAUUCUUUACAUUAUUAUUUCGAAUAGCACCUUUUUUACAAUAUAUUAAACUUAUUCAAACAGUUAAUUCAUUAUCAAAAAUAAAAAAAUAUCAAUUAUAUGAUCAUAUUAAAUAUGUCAUAUGUCUGUGUCAAAACAAUCUAAAAUGUUUACGUCGAUUACAUAUUCAACUUCGAUCUGUAUCAGAUCAGAUAUUUCUCGAAUCUUCCUCCGUUACUUCAAUACCAAUUUCAUAUGAAAUUAUUUCGUGUUAG